AGGAAGAGGAAGAGCGCGGCCGGCGGCUGUGCGCUGAGCCGCGAGCAGGGGCCGGGCCGAGGCGAGCGCCGCGCGGGCCACCAUGGCCACGGACGAGCUGGCCACCAAGCUGAACCGGCGGCUGCAGAUGGAGGGCGAGGGCGGCGGCGACGUUGCGGAGCAGCCGGGGCUGAACGGGGCUGCGGCGGCGGCCGCCGGGGCGCCCGACGAGGCGCUGGGCAGUGCGGACGAAGAGCUGAGCGCCAAGCUGCUGCGGCGCGCCGACCUCAACCAGGGCAUCGGCGAGCCCCAGUCGCCCAGCCGUCGCGUCUUCAACCCCUACACCGAGUUCAAGGAGUUCUCCAGGAAGCAGAUCAAGGACAUGGAGAAGAUGUUCAAGCAGUAUGACGCUGGGCGGGAUGGCUUCAUUGACCUGAUGGAACUCAAGCUCAUGAUGGAGAAACUUGGGGCUCCCCAGACACACCUGGGUCUGAAAAACAUGAUCAAGGAGGUGGAUGAGGACUUUGACAGCAAGCUUAGCUUCCGGGAGUUCCUCCUGAUUUUCCGCAAGGCAGCUGCCGGGGAGCUGCAGGAGGACAGCGGGCUCUGUGUGCUGGCCCGCCUCUCUGAGAUUGACGUCUCCAGCGAGGGUGUCAAAGGGGCCAAGAGCUUCUUCGAAGCCAAGGUCCAGGCCAUCAAUGAGUCCACCCGCUUUGAGGAGGAGAUCAAGGCGGAGCAGGAGGAGAGGAAGAAGCAGGCAGAGGAGAUGAAGCAGCGAAAGGCCGCCUUCAAGGAGCUGCAGUCCACCUUCAAGUAGCAGGGCCAUGGCCAACCGCCCUACCAGGCCCCAGUGCCCAGGCCUGAAGGCAAGGGUGGGUGCAUGGGAGGCCAAGCCUAAAUCCUUGCCCUAUCUCACGGGACCACUACCAAACUAAAAAUGUCUGUGAAAGGGGCCACAUGAGGGCUCCCCCAGAAGUGGCCCAGCCACUCCCUGCUCCUCCUACUGUUCCUGAGGCCACCACACCAGCACCGGCUCCCUGCCCGGCCCUCCCUGGCGGUCCCUGCAGCUCUCACACCCCAGCUGCCCUGCUGCCUGCUCUCCCGCACUGCUCCAGCCCUGCCCCGUGGGUCUGCCCUCCACACACACCCCUCCAUGCCCAGGGGCCACCUGCCCUCAGCUAGCAGGCUGCACUGCUGCCUCUCAGAUGGAAAGAACUGUGGCCACCCCUAUGGAGUGGGGUGUGAGGGGCCCCUUCCCCAGAACUUUUUCUCCCACCUCUGCCUCCUCUGUCUGCCGGAGUGGGGGGCUCUGUGUCAGUGAAGGGACCACUCCAUGCUGACAUGGAGACUCUAGGUCUCUGGGGCCCAGCCAGGCAAGGUGAGGGACAGCUGUGCCGAUCUACCUCACGGGCCCACCCUCUGCCAAGCAUGCCACGCCAUCAUGGCAAGGAAGGCUCCAGAGGCAGAGACUAGAAGACCCCAGCAUACCCUGAGGGGUGCAGGGGGCUCUGCAGAAGGUGGGGUGGGAGGAGGACUUGGCGCCUUCACAAGGGAGGAAGCCAGCGUUUCACCUUGCUUCUCCUAGAAGGGUCCAAGAAGUGCUUUACGUGUCUUUGCAUGCCCUGGGCAGGGGGCAGGGGCCCCUGCUCAGCCCUCCCACACCUUCCUUCCCUGAGUGAUGUUACUGCCUUGUCACCAGCGAUGGGACCUGCCUGCCAUGCCCUCCCCAAGGAGGCAUGGGGACCCCAGCCCCCCACGCCACCAGCCCGGUUCUGCCGCAGCACGUGUGUCCAUGUGCUUGCUUGUAUGUGUGUGUGUCCAUUGCUGUGUCGUGAAGCUGUGACCGUCACCCAGUCCAAACCAGUGCAUGGCCCUCGAGGCCACAGUUAUGCAACUUUCAGUGUGUGUCAUAACAGCGUCACUGCUUUUUAAACUCAAUAACUCUUUAUUUUAGUAAAAUGCCCCAGGAGCCCACGAAGCUCUGUUGGACUUGCAGAGGUUUUAUUUUUUUGGCCUUAGAAUCUACAGGACUUAGGAGGUACCGAGCCCAGCGCGGGAGCCUUGGCCCUGGAUUGCGUUUGCCUUAGCAGAUAUGUUUAUACAGAAGAAUAUAAAUUUUUCUUUUGGCUUUUGCUAUUUUUUUCCUCCCUUCUCACCCUACCCCCACCCCAAAAAGCUACUUCUUCAUUCAGUGGUACGAUUAUUUUUUUUAACUAAAAUAAGAUAAAAUUCUA